CCCUGUUAACGCCCAUGAGGCAGUGUUCGAACUUUUUCUGCAAAAAAGAACCGAGCUAGCUCAAAGUCAGGGUGCUACGAAUUCUAUAUGAAGGAGAGCGGCUGCGCGCAACGUCUUCACAAAUCAUCAUGCCCCCAGUUACGAUAGACACUGAUAAUUUCAGCCUCGAUGUCGGUGGCUUCGCAGGUUUUUUUGGAGGUGAAGAGGCGGUCUCCGCGAUGGAGACUGUGCAUCUCUAUAGAGCAAGGCGGUGGACAGGCUGGUUCAAUUCCCCGGGCAGCUACAGUGUCGGGAAGCACUACGGCCGACUUGCCAAUUCUCGGUUUUGGAACGGAAUGUUUCCAGGACCCAAUAUAGAGCCCACCACGUACAUAGGGCUGGAUGGAAAGUCCGGUCCUAUGUAUGUCGCAUCCCAGUCCGGCACAUUCCUAAAGCAAACGGGUCACCUCGCAUACCUGUUAAUGCAGAGAUGCAAAGACCAACGAGCCGUGAUAGUAGAGGGACGAAAGACAAGGGCAAAUAAAGUUACCAUCUUGGAUAUGCCAGACAUCAAGUUCGACUCUGACACCGAAAAUAGCUUGACCAUCCAUGCCCGAGAUGGCUUCCACAAACACAUCGCAUUGAUCCCUAUCGCUACGAGCGUCGUAACAUGCGUACUUUGUGCGUGGGGCGAUGACUGGUAUUGCUUCUCCUUGAUCCUCCUCGGCAUUCUCGUCAACGGCAUCUCGUGUUUUGUCAUCGGCUCGGCGUCCAUAGUCCUCCAGAGUGGCGCCUCCUCUAAAAACGCACCGCCAGGCGAUGGCAUGCUCAUGGACGGAAAUCAUGUGAUCGUCGUCCGUGGAAAAGAGAAAGACGUUCUUGCCAUCACGCAGGGCAAGUUUCACUUGGAGUACCAGCCCUGGGUCCGUAGGCGUGUUAGAAAGGAGAGGAGGACGCGAAGCAUUAUAGGGGAUGGGAUCCGUGACUUCCACCACUUAUUUGGGAAAAAAGAUGCAGAGAGCGGCCCCGGGCCAGAGACAGAGACACAGGAUCUUGAUGACGACGCCGAGGCCAAUGACGAAUACGCAGCGAUCGGGUUCUGCUCGCUCCUCCUGGUCAUUCAAUUCCUGACGCAGUUGCUCCUGAUACCACAGGGCAAACUGUUUGGGCAGAUCAUGUUCCUAACGUCCUUUGCUGUGUCAUGGGCGUACAAUCUCUUCUUGUCGUCUAUGGACGGGGAAUACCUGCAGGAGGUCCAGCUCGCCCAAGCGUUGAAUUUGUCGGACGAUCGCAUGAAGACGUAUAAACUGGGCACAAGAACGGCUGCAGCUGUUUUCGCUUGCCUAACCCUCCAGCCCGACUGCGAGCACAAAGAUUGGGGGAACAGAGGGUUUAAACCGCAAGAGAUCCUUCGACAAUUCAUCCCAAACGACACGCACGUAUGGGCGGUCUGGAGAGAACAGGUGUUGGAACAGAUGAGAAGCAGCAAGCAGGUCUUGCAAUCACUUGACCUCGAGGCUUGUGGUAACCGCAUAGCCGCGUUCAACGAUGUCGAUAAGAACUUGUUGAACGAUUUGCUCUCGGAUGCUCGCACUGCAUAUCAACAAUAUUUGGUAUUGCAGGUUCGGAGUAGCUUGAUUGGCAGCGUUUCGAGUAGUGUAAAAAAGGAGGCAUGGUGAGAAGCUUGUUUUACGAGUCAUUUCGCUCCUCCGCCGCCGCGUGUACAAGCGGUGCCUCUGUUCUGUCUGUUCCCAUGCGUCGUGAUGGUCGUGGUUGACGUUGAUACGUUAUCUUACUUGACAAGGUUCUGGGACCCCCUAAUGCCUCGCCUUCCCCUAGUGACCCAAGAUUACCAAUCAGGAGCAGAUGCGGCUUGACAGUCUAUCAAUUGACUUUUCAACUUGGCAUUUUUUUAUCACGCUGUAUACAGUAGAGUCAAAAACAAGUAAUUUGAUACGGUACCAUAGUUUCAUGAAUAUAGCGUAGAGUUCGUAAUCAUAGC